UUUCCCUGAUGAACAGAAGACAUAGAGAGUAUCUGCUGAUCCAGAUUCACUCAACUCCUGCCUUCUUUAAGGACUAAGCUGUACCUACAGUUUGUGCAUGCUAUUGAAAAAACAGUCAAAGUGGCAGUCCAGGCUCCGGUUGAGUAACACUGAGUCAGCACUGGAGCGGCCAAGGUACACAAGAAGACAGUCAGUCCCCUCACAAAGCAGAGCACUAAUGACUAGCUUCCUCUUUGUCCUCCCCUCCAACUUUACACUCCUUUAGCAGAAUGCUGACCGUCACCUUCCCCCUCCUGUGCUGCUCACUCUCUGUCUCACUCUACCAUUCCCCCACUGUGCACUACUCAAACAAAUUACUCCCUAUCUCUGCAGGCGUGCUCUGCAGAAUCGGUCACAUAGACCCGGAGAGGUUUCUGGGACAUGCAGCUUUAACAUGAGGACGGAGAGCACGUUAAUUCGGUGGAUCUGGUGGAUUGUGGUGGUGACAGCUUUGUUCUUCUCAGGCUUCAUCAUAGGAUGGUUUGCAAAGCCCAAAAAUGCAAACAUAGAAGAUCACAAAGAUUCCAAACAAUUUUUGAAGGAGUUUCUGGAUGAAAUUCAGACAGACCAGAUCAGACAGCACCUCAGGAAAUUUACACGUUUACCCCACUUGGCCGGUACAGAGCAGAACUUAAAAUAUGCAGAGCAAAUCAAGAGGGAAUGGCAGGAGUUUGGAUUAGACUCAGUAGAAAUGGUUCCCUAUGAUGUCCUGUUGUCCUAUCCCAACAAAUCGCAGCCAAAUUACAUCUCCAUCGUGGAUCACCUUGGAACAGAGGUUUUUAACUCUUCGUUGGCUGAGCCAGUUCCACAGGGCUAUGAGGAUAUUUCUGAUAUUGUGCCUCCAUACAGUGCUUUCUCUGCCAAAGGACAACCUGAGGGAGAUUUGGUGUACGUGAACUAUGGCCGCACAGAAGACUUUUUCCAGUUAGAGAGGACAAUGGGCAUCAAUGUGACUGGAAAGAUUGUCAUUGUCAGAUAUGGGAAAAUAUUCAGAGGUAAUAAGGUGAAGAACGCCAUGUUAGCCGGAGCAAAGGGGAUCAUUAUGUUCUCAGACCCAGCAGAUUACUGGGCUGCUGGUGUCCAGCCCUACCCUAAAGGCUGGAACCUGCCGGGUGGAGGAGCUCAGAGAGGAAAUGUUCUCAACCUGAAUGGAGCCGGAGACCCACUCACACCAGGGUAUCCUGCUAAAGAAUAUACCUACAGAUUCAGCCUGGAGGAUGGAGUUGGACUUCCAAAAAUACCUGUGCAUCCAAUUGGCUUCCAUGAUGCAGUUCACCUUCUAAAGAACAUGGGAGGAGACAUUCCACCCAACAAUUGGAAAGGAGGUCUGAAUGUCUCCUACAGGACUGGUCCAGGCUUUAUGGAUGACUUCAAGAGCCAGAAAGUGCGUAUGAACAUUCACACUAACAACCAAGUAACCAGGAUCUACAAUGUCAUUGGAAAGAUCAGAGGAGCUCUGGAGCCAGACAGAUAUGUGAUUCUCGGCGGGCACCGUGAUGCCUGGGUGUUUGGAGGGAUUGAUCCCAUGUCUGGGGCUGCGGUGGUCCACGAAACUGUACGGAGUGCUGGCAGGCUACUCAGUAAAGGCUGGAGGCCAAGGAGGACGAUAAUAUUUGCCAGCUGGGAUGCAGAAGAGUUUGGACUAUUGGGAUCCACAGAAUGGGCAGAGGAUAAUGCAAAGCUGCUACAGGAAAGAGCCGUAGCCUACAUCAAUGCAGACUCUGCUAUCGAGGGCAUGUACACACUGAGGGUGGACUGCACGCCGUCUCUUCACACUUUGGUGUACAACCUAACCAAGCAGGUAGCCAGUCCUGAAGAAGGAGAGGAGGGAGUUUCUCUCUAUGAGAGCUGGCACAAGAGGGACAACUGGACAAAUGACCGUGAUGCACCCAGGAUCAGUAAACUUGGGUCAGGCAGUGAUUUUGAGGCCUAUUUUAUCCGUUUGGGGAUUGCUGCAGGCAGAGCCAGAUACACCAAGAACAAGAAAACAGAGCGAUACAGUAGCUAUCCAGUCUAUCACAGUGUGUAUGAAACCUUUGAGAUUGUGGAGAAGUUUUACGACCCCUCUUUUAAGAGGCUUCGGGCUGUGGCCCAGGUGAGAGGUGGGCUCGUCUUCCUAUUGGCCGAGUCCCAGCUGCUCCCUCUUGACACCAACGAGUAUGCGGACUCACUGUGGAAGUACUCACAGAGCAUUGCACAGCUGGCACAGAGGAACCCAGGGGAGAUGGAGCUGUAUGGGGUGUCGUUUGAGUCCUUGUUUUCUGCAGUGCGUAACUUCACUUUUGCAGCCAGGCAGUUCCAUGAGCGCCUUCAGACUCUUAACAGAGCAGAUCCUCUGCAGGUUCGUGUCAUGAAUGACCAGCUCAUGUACUUGGAGAGAGCCUUUAUAGACCCUCUAGGCUUACCUGGCCGACCCUUCUACAGGCAUGUGAUUUUUGCCCCCAGCAGCCAUAAUAAAUAUGCAGGGGAGUCUUUCCCUGGGAUCUAUGAUGCACUGUUUGACAUUGCGAACUCAGCUAACCCAAAGGAGGCCUGGGAGGAAGUCAAGCGUCAAAUCAGCGUAGCAGCAUUCACCGUGCACGCUGCUGCCAUGACCCUGACACCACCUGCAUGAAGAGCAGACUAAAGACAUGUGACAGUGUGUUAGAGCAUCACAAAGUGAUGAGCCACCGUCCACUACCUGCAACACACUCAGGUCAACACUGUGAAAAGUCAUAUUUCCAUAAGUAAAAAAAAAAAAACAUGUUUUCCACUUUCAUGUCUCAGCUUUAGUUAUGUGGCUAAAGAAAAUAAAUAUGUUUUUAUUGUUG